AUGAUCGGGAGAGGAUUGUUCAUUUUGACGAUACUGUCCAACUGCGUUCUGUCAUUGCCAGUGACUUCAAGUCAGCUGGAGAAUGAAGACGUAAAGGUGAUGAAAUGCAUCGUGGAGGCGCUGGCUGAUGUGCUAUCAAGACCCCACCCCAUGCCUGUCAGUGAGGAGUGUCAGGUGACUCUAAAGACAGAUGACAGGCUUGUGACUAUCCUUCGCCAUCAUAACUUUCUGAAGGAGCUGCAGGAGAUUGCUGUUCAUGGUAGUCAAGAGAGAGCUCAGCUCCUACGAGAUGCUGGCAUACCAGACCAGGCAACACAAACUCCUCAGACCACAGAUGACGCUGCUGAUCGAUCCAUGUUGGAGGCUCUAGGAGGCCCUGGUGAAAGGACUAUCCUGUCCCAAAAGAGGAGGGCAGGAAAUGGCGAUGGAGAAGAAGAAAAGGAUGAAAGCCUGGGAGAUGGAGAGUCACAGGAGGACAGUGACAUCGGUGGAGAGGUGCAAGCAAAGCGGGACAAUGACGAGAAACCAAGAAGUCACGUCUCGGAGUCUGCGGAUGACUGGAGCGAGGGCAAGGCUGAAAAGAGGCAGGAAGAAGAAGUAUACGAAGAGAAGCAAGAAAAGUCUGAGGAGAAUUUAGAAGAGGAAAACAAGACCAAGAAAGACGAGGAGGAGAAAGACAAGAGAUCCGGACUCUUCUCACACAAACUGGAGGACAAAGAGGAGGAGCAGGAGGAGGAAGAGGAUGAAGGAGAAAUGAAGAGAGGGAGCAGGGAGGGCCUGAAGCGAUGGACCAAGAGAGCCAAGGGGUUGUCAUUGAAGAAGAAAGCAGUCGGGAAGGACGUGCAGGAGCUCAACAGUCAGCAAGAAGUGCCCCAUCAUUCGAAGGAGGUCACAGAGGAGGACGUGGUCAAGAAGAAAAAGAGUCCAGAGGAGAAGGAGCUGCAGAUGAUUGCUCGAAGGGCACCGGAGGAGAGGAGGGGGUCGGAGGAGGAGGGCAGCGCCAGCCGAAAGUCUGAGGUCCGGGAGAUUGAAAGCCUGGCAGCCAUCGAGUCAGAGCUUGAAAAUGUUGCCCAGAAACUCCAUGAGCUGCGGCGAGGCUGA